CAAACCAUACUUGACUGUGUACCUAGAAAUGAGAAAAUGGCUCCCAUCAAGGUCGGUCUAGUUGGCUACGGCUUCAGCACCAAGUGUUUUCACCUCCCGUACAUCCUACCCAACCCUGAUCUCCAAGUUUAUGCCUUUCUUCAGCGAGCCGAGGCGCCGCCAAAGGGCUCAGUAGUUGAGGCAGAGCAUGCACACGGCAAGAUGACCAUCAGAGGCGGGCACUGCACCGUCGAAUUUCCUGACUCCAAGCAUUACAGGACCGCCGACGACUUCUUUGGUGACCAAAAUAUUGAGCUCGUGGUGAUUUGCACACCUAAGCAUGAAGAGUUCGUCGAAGGUGCUCUGAACUCUGGGAAGCAUGUCGUCGUCGAGAAGCCAUUUGUCACUACCAGCGAAGGGGCAGACAGACUGAUCAAGCUCGCCAGGGAGAAAAAGCGGAUCCUGACCGUCUUUCAUAACCGCAGGUUCGACAGUGACUUUCUUACCUUGAAGCACCUCUUGGCCGAGGACGCCCUUGGCCAUGUUCGAGAUGCGCAGAUUCACUUUGAUUUUCCUGAUCCCAGCUGGAUCGGGGGUUGGACUCAAAAGGAGUACGUGCCUGGGGAAGGAAUGGCCUUCGGACUAGGAUCGCACACUAUCGACCAGGCUCUCAUCUUGUUUGGCACUCCUUCCUUCGUCACCGGCUUCUUUGCCUCAAACAGGGGCGUCGAAAGUGAUGUGGAUGACACUUUCACUAUUUUGAUGCAGUACUCGGGAAACAGUACCAGGAAAAACCUGCUCGUGACUAUCAAGACGUCAAUUAUCACACCCAUGCGGGACCAGCUCAAGUUCUUCGUCAGGGGCACCAAGGGCACAUAUCUCAAGUUCGGCUACUGUCCGCAAGAAGCCCGCGCCAUUGCGAAUCCAGGAAUGCCUGCCCCCGACGACCACGGAAUUGAGGACGAACGAGCGUGGGGUGAGUUGUCAACCAGGGCCCAGUUCGACGCUGCAUCACAGGCAUUUGACGAGGAAAGUAAGCUGUGGAUUGGUAAAUACCCCAGCUUGCCGGGCUACUGUCGUGGUUACUAUGAGAAUGUGGUUCAUGCCAUUCGCGGCAGUGCAGAUGUCGAAGUGAGGCCCGAGACGGCUCGAGAUGGGCUGAGAGUCAUCGAGUUGGCAAGACACUCGCAUGAGAAAGGAGUCAAGGUGCCAUGGUCGUAAAGCUGGUCCAGAUUCCUUUUUGACUGCUUACUACUGUAGCCCUUUUUUGAAGAUUCUAAACAAAACACGGUGUGUAUAUUCGGAUUCUCUUCUCUUGCUUUUGUUGGCCAUGGUCUCCUUUACAUGCCCCAUAGUCGUCAAUAUCUAGCACCAUGUACACUCGUGUCCGUAUUUGCAUCGCCCCCUACCGCCCCAACUCCAGCUGGGCCACGUAGAGCUGAUCCCUGGUCCGUCGGAUGGGCCGUGACUAUCAAUGAGUUUCCUUCUCUAACCAUGACUGCUCCAGGCGGACUAUAGUGGCUACAGUUCUGGCGAAAAUGGCCCCGCCGCAUGUUGUAAAACCUAGUGCCCUCUGUGUUGAGCAGUAUCACAUUUGAAUGAUGCCCAAAGAGCCCGGCUAUAAAGCCACUGUUGAUAACGGCUGCUUGAAGUCGCCACAAGGCCGCCAAGGUGGCAGCACCACAAGGUCCAUUUGGGACUCCUGAUCUCCCCAUUUCUCUGCAGGCUUCGUCGGC